CCUCUUCUUCUUGGGGGCGAGGAGGAGGCUGGAGGUGGCAGGACCCGAAGGGCAGACGCCAAAGCUCCCACGCUUAUCCAGGCUGGUGAGAAACUGGACCAGAGUGCUCUGCCUGCAUUGCCUCAGCUUGGCUUUAGGCAGAGCGAGCAGAGAGCCGGGCCAAGGAGAGCUUCCAGCUCCAAGCAGGGUGGGGUGCACUGAGCCAAAUAGACAUGGCUGUGAAGGAUGCCCGGUGCCCCUCCCGCUACUUCAGCACAAGCGGUGGAGGCCUGUACCUCAGUGCCUACAUUCCUAGGUUCUCUCCCUGUGGAUGACUCAAAAGGGCUCAGAUGUCGACUGGGAUGACCUCUGGGAUCAGUUCGAAGAGAGAAGGUACCUGAGUGCCCGGAAAUGGAAGGGCGGAGAGGACCCAUACCGCCUCUACGCCUUUAAUCAGCGGGAGAGCGAGAGGAUUCCCAGUGACCGUGCCAUCCGCGACACCCGGCAUUACAGAUGUACUACUUUGCACUAUCGUCUGGAUCUGCCAUCAACAAGUAUCAUCAUCACCUUCCACAACGAAGCCAGGUCCACUCUGUUAAGAACUAUCAGAAGUGUUUUAAACCGCACCCCGGUGUACCUGGUCCAUGAAAUCAUAUUAGUGGAUGACUUCAGCAAUGAUCCUGACGACUGCCAUUUACUGGGCAAGUUACCCAAGGUGAAAUGCUUGCGCAACAGGCAACGAGAAGGUUUGAUCCGGUCCCGAAUCCGAGGGGCAGACGUGGCACAGGCAGGAGUUCUGACCUUCCUAGACAGUCACUGCGAGGUGAAUAAAGACUGGCUGCUGCCUCUCCUGCAGAGGAUCAAAGAGGAUCCAACCCGCGUGGUCAGUCCAGUUAUCGACAUCAUCAACUUGGACACUUUUGCCUAUGUGGCCGCUUCCUCGGACCUGAGAGGAGGGUUUGACUGGAGUCUACAUUUCAAAUGGGAGCAGCUUUCCCCAGAGCAGAAAGCCAAACGAAUUGACCCUACAGAACCCAUUAAGACUCCAAUCAUUGCAGGGGGGCUCUUUGUGAUCGACAAAACCUGGUUCAACCACCUGGGGAAGUAUGACACUGCCAUGGACAUCUGGGGUGGGGAGAACUUUGAAAUCUCCUUCCGUGUGUGGAUGUGCGGAGGGAGCCUGGAAAUUAUCCCCUGCAGCCGGGUUGGACAUGUGUUCCGGAAGAAACACCCCUAUGUCUUUCCAGAGGGAAAUGCCAACACCUACAUAAAAAAUACCAAGCGCACAGCCGAAGUGUGGAUGGAUGAGUUCAAACAAUACUACUAUGCUGCCCGGCCUGCAGCACAAGGGAGACCUUAUGGAGACAUCCAGAGCAGACUGGAACUGAGGAAGAGCUUGAAAUGCCAGACCUUCAAGUGGUACCUGGAAAAUGUUUAUCCAGAACUUAGGAUUCCUGAGGAAUCAUUGUAUCAGUCUGGAAUGAUCCGGCAGAGACAGAGGUGUCUGGAGUCCCAGAAGUCUGAAGAUCAGGAGUUCCCCAUCCUGAGCUUAAGUCCCUGUAUCAGCAGCAAAGGUGUGGCAGCAGUGGCACAGGAAUGGACAUACACAUACAACCAUCAGGUCCGCCAGCAGCAGCUCUGCUGGUCAGUGUACACCCUCUUCCCCGGCUCCCAAGUGCUGCUGUCCCCCUGCAAAGAAGGUGACGGCAAACAGCGAUGGGGUAAAGUUGGUUCUCAUAUUGAACACAUGGCCUCGCGCCUCUGCCUGGACACUGAAAUGAUGGGGGACACCAACGAGAGCACCAGAGAGCUCGUCAUCAACCCUUGUGAGAGCACAGCCAUGAGUCAGCGCUGGGACAUGGUGAUGUCCUGACUGCCUGUCAUCGAGCAAAACCAGCCACAAGGGCUUCAUCGGAAGCAGCCAUGGCACACAGCAGAGGCUGUUGGGAACUCAACAGCAAAACCAUUGGGCACCCUUGUUCAUUGUGAGGUGGGAGCCAGAGAAAAAAAGGGUUAGGCCGGGGAGCUCCAGGUCGAAGAAGGGAUGUCAGCUGUGAGACCUGCAGUUAGUGGCCAGUUGGAGUUAUAGAGUCAAUGAGUAAGAACCGCACAGAACCAAUCCCUAAAUGUCUUUCAAUAACACUGAGUCCUGGCUGAGGCCUGACGACGGUCCUACUGAAAUACGGUGUGUACAGUAUUUAUUGUUUUACUGCAAAGAUGGAAACUUUGGUGGAAGAGCCUUGGAGAGAAAGUGGAGACAAGUGUCUAGUUGGCUGCGUAGGCGGCGGGGAGGCUGGUGGGUGGGGGAAGGAGAUGCUAAAGGGAAACAAAAAUGGUUGCCUGGGGGACGAGCGGAAAAUGCCAAGUAAUCCUUGCACUUUUCAUGGAUGUGAAUGAGCCUGUGUUCUGCAGGCAGCUAGAAUGAAGCUAUAUUGCACGUUCUCCUUUGUAUAUAGUCUGUACACAUGGCAUACAGAGAGCCCAUGCUGUCAUCUGGUGCGUGUGACCAGAAUCAAGAUGACGGAGGGUUUGCACCGCUCUCCAGGCAUGGAACCCAGCAAACAAUGCCGUGAGGGCCAAAUGUCUGAGUGCGCUAAAUCUACAAACUCUUCUGAUGACGUGCGGGGAGCAAUAACACUGUUACGUCUCCUGUCUGAACGGCUCGGGCAAGCCAAGAUAAUUGAGUAUUCCUCAUUAACCUCAAUACAUGUCUCGUGUUUCACACCUGGUAUAACUCAAAUGUCCACACUAUGUCACCCAAGUAAUAUUUUACUAUUUGAAGGUAAUUGUGCCAUC